GAGUUCGUUUACCUCAGGCUGCGGAGCGCCAUGAAGGGGAGCGGGGGACGGCGGAGGGGCCCGGCGGGGACGAUCCGGGAGGAACAGGAUGGGACGGAGCCCUAUGUGGUGGGGCAGGUGCUGCGCAGCCUGGGGGCGAGCGAGGAACUCUCCGCGCCUCUUGCGCGCCUCUUCAGCGCUGCCGCAGACCCCCCCGUGCUGGUGGCCGUGGCGCCGGAGAGUAAGAAGAGAAAGCAUUCAGAAGAAGGAGAGAAAGUGUCAGAAGAUCAGAGCUCAUCUGUCACACAAGACCCUCCUAUAAAAGCUAAAAAAACCAGAAAGAAAGAGGUUUCAAAAGCAGAGAAAGAACUGGCAAACAGAGAGAGUGGUUUGGAGAAGGCAGACGAAGAGGAGGAGCAAAAACUUUCUCAAAACAAAGUGAAGCAAAAAAAAAAGGCUUCUCAGGCCAUCACCAGAAGUGUUAAUUCAGAUACAGGCACUACUGUAAAACAACACAAGGAGAAGAAGGUGGCUGAUGAAGCAGUACACAGAAGAACAGUGUUUGUUGGGAACUUGCCUGUCAGCUGUACUGUUCAGGAACUGAAAUCUCUUUUUAAAGAGUAUGGACAAAUAAAAUCCAUUCGAUUCCGGUCUUUGAUUCCAGCAGAGGAUACUGUAUCCAAAAAGGUAGCAGCAAUAAAGCAUCAGGUGCACCCUAAUGCAAAGUUUGUUAAUGCUUAUGUUGUGUUCAAGCAAGAAUGUGAUGCUAUUAAGGCUCUAAAUGAAAAUGGAACAGAAAUCGCUCGUGGAUUUCACAUCAGAGUUGACAUUGCAUCAAAAAACAGCUCGCAUGACAAUAAACGAUCUGUAUUCUUGGGAAAUCUCUCAUAUGACAUCAGCGAUGACGCCGUGAGGGAACACUUCUCUGUCUGUGGGGAGGUGGUGGCAGUGAGAGUGGUGAGAGACAGGAAAACUGGCUUGGGAAAAGGCUUUGGAUAUGUUCUCUUUGAGAACACAGAUGCUGUACAUCUUGCUCUGAAACUCAACGAGAGCCUUCUGGUGGGGAGAAAGAUCCGUGUGAAGCGCUGUGGGGAGAAGUGGAAAGCCCCACAGCAAAGCUCCCACCAGUCCCGUGCUCCUAAGGACAGAGCUGAUCCUGCACUGAAAGCCAAGAGGAGCUCCAAGGAUUCGUUCAUUGGUGAAAAAGCAGUGCCCUUAAAGAAGAGUGCUAAGCCAAAGAGACUGAAAACUCUUCCUCAAAAAACAGCUGGGAAAAACAAAGGGACUUCUGGUAAAAAAUCCAAAGUAUAGAAGUGGUCCUUAUGAAAUUGAUGCAUACAAGAGGUUUUUGUCAUAAAUCAUGUUUGCUAA